GGGGUAUAAAAGCGCCCAGCACGUUCUCCCAUUAUGUAUGACCACACCAUUCGAGUGCGUUCCUACGUGGACCAACAUGCUUUCGCUGCCUUUCAGCCUUUCAUGGCCGGUGGUCAUACUGGUCCUGUCUCUUAUCUAUGUCAUUGAGCGUGCGAUUUCUUACUACAAGGCCCUGCGGUCUGUUUCGUUCCUGCCCGGUCUCACUUUUCCCGCCUCUUCCUACUCCAUUCCUGGCUCUUUGUUUCCUUCUACUGAAUGGAACCCAGGCAUGAUCUUCGGUUGGAGAUGGCGGGAUCGGUUUUACAAAGACUCACCGAUGGACAUGGCGUCACAGAUCGGCCUACUCAACGGGCCGCCUGUCCUGUACACCAAUUCUCCAGAAGUCGCCAAGCAAGUAUUGGGAAACAAGGCCCCUUGGGAUAAAAUCAAGGAAAGCGUGCAGAGUCUCAGUCCCUUUGGUCCAAAUGUGUUCGCGACCAUGAGCGCUGAAUGGCCUCGUCACCGAAAAGCUGUGUCUCCUGGUUUCAAUGGACGCCUAUACUCUUCUGUAUGGACGGAAACGAAGAACACUUACUAUGAUUGCCUUGCUACUGAGAAGUGGGAGAACGAGCGGGAAUUCAUAAUGCCUGAUGUGACAGCGGUUACUUCAAAGUUUGCCCUGUAUCUCAUUGCAAAGUGCGGGUUCGGUAUUGGUCUGUCUUGGAAUGAAGACGUUGGCGAGCGUGUCAGAGGAAUGUCCCUCCCAGAGUGCUUUGAGGUUACCAGUAAUUCAGUGAUCAUCUUGUCCUUCCUGCCCCACUGGACAUACAGUUUACCAAUUCCCGCCCUACGCCGCCUCUACAAUGCUAGCAAUAUCCUAGAGACGAUAUUUAAAGGGAUUAUCGACAAGCGUCGAGUAGAAGGAUUCGGUAAUACUAGCGAGGAUAAAGACAUCUUCAGUCUUCUCUUGGCCGCAAACGAAUUGGAAAAGGGCAGCAAAGGCGCACUUUCCGAUCGCGAGCUCGUUAGCAACGUGUUCCUCUUGCUGUUGGCUGGUCAUGAAACCACGAGCAAAUCGCUGGCAGCCACAUUGGGUGAGCUCGCUUGUAACCCGGAGGUGCAGCAACACGCAUAUGAUGAGAUCAUGUCCGUCAUCAAAGAAGGCAGCGAUCCUACCUUCGAUGACUUCGAGAAGUUGCCGUUCGUGCAAGGCUGUUUCCAGGAAGGGCUGCGGAUGUAUCCUAGCGCGCAGCUAGUCAUGCGUCGACCAGUCGAGGAUACAGUUCUCCAGGUGCCGAGCCGACAGGGUGGGGUUGUGCCACUCAGUGUGCCCUUGGGACAGGUCCUUGCACUGGACUUUGUUGGUAUUGGCUACAACGCUCGGGUAUACAAGGACCCGAAGUCGUUCAAUCCUGCUCGAUGGCUCGAUCCUGCCACGGAACCGUUGCUGAAUUUCUCAUAUGGACCCCGAGUGUGCAUUGGGAAGAGGUUUGCCAUGGUGGAGUCCACAGGUGUCCUGGCAUUGCUUCUACGCGACUACAAAGUCGAGCCGAUUUUAAAAGACGGGCAGACGAUUGCGGACUGGCAUGCGGCUUGGGUGGAAAACGUCGAGGCAACUGUUGGCUUUGGACACAAGCGUUUCCCGCUGAAGUUUACGCGUCGUUCAGCUCGGGCGGCAUAGAUGGAUCUUUCUGUCUCGGAAUUGUUUCAGCAACAACAUCUAUCUUCAUGCACAUACAAGGAAGGAUUACAAGAGCUCUGUCAUUGGGUCUGCGGACUGCCGAAACCACUAUCCAUUGUAAUUGCUAACAUCCAUUGUCGUUUGUAACAG